AUGGGUACAAUGGAUGUUGAGAUUGUUGUUGUUCUGCGAAGGAAGCCUUCAAUUGUUCCCAAACAAGCUCCUAAAGAUCUUGAGAAGUUGAAACUGAGAAAUAUCUACAAGGAAGGUUGGUAUAUGGUGUUCCAGGCACGUGAACGAAAUAACUCUGAUUAUCACAAUGCAUGCUUCUUUCUUGAGGAUAAACACUUGUACUCUACAUCUUAUCUAAACCAUGUUUUGUGUAUGACCAACAAAUUCAGAGGCAACAGUGCUGGUGACAAGAAGUGCUUUUCGGAUAUGAUCUGUUGA